CCAAGCUAGAAGACUGCUGUUACUCAAACAGCGAUGAGACGGAAAGUUGAGGUUGCGUGCAGCCGACCAGGUAUGACAGCACCAGGCUCGGUUCAGUCAGUGGCUUUGAUGCGGGCAAGACAGCUUCAAAUUCGGUGCAUCCUCUGUGACGAAGUUGGAGACGGGAUGGAUGCUCUGGAACGACAAGGGUGUCGAUAUCGAUCUGCGAAACGUUUGGAGAGCUCAAUUGGCGAUGAAUCCCGGCUCAUGUUGUCUAUGGCUCCUGGUUGGACCAUCUGCCACGACCGUCAAAUUGGUAAUGAGCCCGAGGCCAGCCAGAAGACUGCCGUUAGAAAUGGAGCCAUGUAGCAUCCGAUUGAGUAGUGACACUAGUUGACGGGAUGAUGACCGGG